AGACGCACGCAUCAGUUCUUAAUGGUCGAUUCAUUUCAGGAGUUCAUAUUGUUUCUAGAAACGUUAUUGUAGUAUGUAUAUUCGCGCGCAUGUAUUGGGCUAUAGAGAUGUUUAUGAUGUAGCCUAACAUACGCUGGUUUCAAGAUAUACAGAACGAAACGAGGAAGGAGCCACGCGCUCGGAGGGAGUUGCUUGCUUUAGCAGAACCAACAGUGGAGUCAACCAUGGAGAUGGAAGAGGACAUGACAGUGAACACGACAGUGAACAUAUCGACAGUCGAUAAAAUAACCUUUCUGGACUCUGAGUUCCGUUACACCCUCUUCCCAGUGUUUUACGGUGUUGUGUUCGUCCUUGGUCUGAUAGCCAACAGUUACGUGCUGUUCGUGCUGCAGCGCCUGCGCAACGCCAAGGCCAUGAAUGAGAUCCGCAUCUACAUGGCCAACCUGACUGUUGCCGACCUCCUCUUCGUGUGCGCCCUCCCCUUCUGGAUUGGCUACUACCACCACCGCGGUGACUGGCGCUACGGCGACAUCCUGUGUCGUGCCACCGGCGCAUUCUUCUUCAUCAACACCUACUGCUCCAUCCUCUUCCUCGCCGCCAUCAGCAUCAACCGUUACUGGGCCAUCACACGCCCGCUGGAUGCCGCCUCGUCUGACCAUUGGCGCCGCGGGGUGGCCAUCACGGCGGUCAUCUGGGCGCUCACUCUGUCCAUGUCCGUGCCGUACCUCUUGGAGACGGGCAUCCAGGUGGACGACGGCAACGUGUCGCGCUGCUUUGAGGGCUACCACGACAAGACUGACGACGAGAAGCGGACUGUGGCCACCACCCACCUCAUCAUCGUGGGGUGCUUCAUCUUGGUCUUCUUCCUCGUAGUAAUCUGUAACCUGCUCAUCGCCCGUGCCCUGCUCACCCAGUCCCCUACCCAGACUCGGGGCUCCAGUUCAUCCCAGCUCCGGGGGGUGAAGGGCCAGGCCCUGCAGAUGCUGUGUGCCGUGGUGGGGGUGUUUGUGGUGUGCUUCCUCCCCCACCAUGUGGUCCAGGGCCCCUGGACUCUGGCUGUACUGGAUAUCAAGGAGGGCUGGGGCAGAAUGGACUGGGGCCAGCGGACCAGGCAGUGGCUUAACGAUGCCCACCAGGUCACCUUGAUGCUGAUGGGGCUCAACUGCCUCCUGGACCCUGUGGUGUACUGCUUCGCCACCAGGAAGUUCCGCCUGUACAUCAAGGACAAUCUGAAAAAGAUGGGGAGGGGCAAAGGAUGCUCGGAAACAGCCAUCACACACAUUUCUAUGGUGGAGUGCAAGAAUGUGAGCCAGCGGCUCCAUAGAGAACAGCAGCAGCUGAAGGUUUAAAUCUCUAGAUGACAUGGUAUUGUAGAUAUUGUGUCUAUUGCUAAUGCUGUUGUUAGUAACCACAUCCCCAGGAUGCUUCAUUCCAUCACACCCACACCUAACAAUGAACACAUAGUGCAGAACAUGCACUCUGCUAUGUAGCCUCAUGUUCAUUCAGACACAUCACAUGAACAGAUGCACCACCACACAGCCCCACCCAGAGUGUGGUUCCCCUCUAGAUUUCCUUCCUGUAGGGAUUUGUCCUGGCCACUGUGCCAGCUAUAAUCAGUGCUUUAAAGAAUCUUUGGACCAUUGAUUCUUUGUUUUCACAUUUCAGAUGUACUGUACAUUGUAUCUCACAAUGUAUCUCACACUUUGUUAUUGUGAUUGUGAAUUUAAUCACGUUUCUUCCUGUUCUUCCAGUGUAAUCAGAGAAGAGAAGCAGACGUUUUAUAGGGAACAGGAGCUUCUAUAAAGGAUUGCGAAAUAGCUCUACAAACUCAGUCCCAAGCCACUAGACUAGAUCCUUAGAUAAAAUGGAGAUCAAAUUACAUUUUAAAUAUCACAUGCACUGAAUGCAACAGGUGUAGGUAGACCUUAGAGUGAAUUGCUUACUUACAAGCCCUUAACCAACAAUAAUCCUACCACUAUUGGAGCCUUCUAAAUUGGGUGCUGAACAAUAGUCCUACCACUAUUGGAGCCUUCUAAAUUGGGUGCUGAACAAUAGUCCUACCACUAUUGGAGCCUUCUAAAUUGGGUGCUGAACAAUAGCUGGUUGUGAGCAAGGAAUUUAAAAAAUCCUUGUUCUUGAGCACCUAAUAUGGACACAUUAAUAACAAUAAGCUUUUUAGGAUGCUGGCUCUCCGUAAAGUUCAUGCAUUUUGUGAAAAGCUAACCUUUGUAAUGAAAUUAAACUGUAAUUGCCAAAUGAGCUAUGCAGGAUUGCGUUGAUUUUAGCCUACAGAUUAUUUUAGCCUACUCUCACAUGUGGUACGAUGUGAAAUUGUAUACGUUUUGCAAUUUUUGUAAGAUUGCAAAUUAAAUACUGUGAGGCAAAAAGUACUUUCGGUCACACUUUUAUUUGGACAGUCUGGAUAACCCAUCUAGAGAUUCUGUACAUACUAUGAAUAAACUAUCUGUUGAUAGGAAAUUGCUUGCUAAUGUUACGCUUAUGGUUAGAAUAAGUGUUAGCUUAAGGGUUAAGGUUAGGUUAAGGGUUAUGUUUAAGGGUUAAGGUUAGGAUAAGGGUUAUGUUUAAGGGUUAAGGUUAGGAUAAGGGUUAUG